UGCGGCGCGGUGGGUAGUAACAAGAUGUCGGCUGCGGUGCCAGAGCUGAAGCAGAUCAGCCGGGUGGAGGCGAUGCGCUUGGGGCCGGGCUGGAGCCACUCGUGCCACGCCAUGCUGUACGCCGCUAACCCCGGGCAGCUUUUCGGCCGCAUCCCCAUGCGCUUCUCGGUGCUGAUGCAGAUGCGCUUCGACGGGCUGCUGGGCUUCCCCGGGGGCUUCGUGGACCGGCGCUUCUGGUCGUUGGAGGACGGACUGAACCGGGUGCUGGGCCUGGGCCUGGGCUGCCUGCGCCUCACCGAGGCCGACUACCUGAGCUCGCACCUGACCGAGGGCCCGCACCGCGUCGUGGCACACCUGUACGCGCGGCAGCUGACGCUGGAGCAGCUGCACGCCGUGGAGAUUAGCGCGGUUCAUUCGCGCGACCACGGCCUGGAGGUGCUGGGACUGGUGCGGGUCCCGCUGUACACCCAGAAGGACCGAGUCGGUGGCUUUCCCAACUUCCUGAGCAAUGCCUUCAUCAGCACAGCUAAAUACCAGCUCCUCUUCGCCCUCAAGGUGCUCAACAUGAUGCCGGAGGAAAAGCUGGCUGAAGCUGUGGCUGCAGCCACCGAGAAGCAGAAGAAGGCCCUGGAGAAGCUGCUCCCAUCUUCUUCCUGAGGUUGCUCCGUAUGAUCUACAGGCAGCUCCCAGAGAUGGUCUGGAAAUACCCGUCGAGUGUGCAGAAUGACAACAGCAGAGCCACCACGGGCAGGAAGGUCACCGCUGGCAGUCUCCUAUGGCCCCAAGUCUGGCUCAACUCCGUGAAGCUACUGGAAAGUUCCCACAGUGCCUCCCCAGCCUAAGAAAAGCGGUGCUGCCUGCCCAGCCUGGGCAUCUGUUCCACCUUAGAGCCCUGAUGAAGCAGCCACACUGGGCAAAGGCACUCCACUCUGUAAAUAAAAUACCUGAACUUUG